UCUGAUUUAAAGAUAGCGGUCCUAAUGAAUAUAUAAAGCCCCGCAGCUGCAUUGAAAAUGAAUUUUUCCCUUGCAGGAAUUUAGUUGACUUUCUUAUGAGGGUUUUAAUGAAAAUCAAAAGAGCUCACCAUCAUUUCAACAUGAAUUUCACUUAGAAAUCUUGCACAGAUUGAGCUGCUAAUCAUCUGCAUUAUACAAAAAAUGCAAAUAUAACAUGCAGCUAGUACACAGUAAGGAGAGCAAGGGUCAAAUCCGCAGCAACCCAACAAAAUUCCCUUAACUGCUGAAUGGUGUCAUGAAUCAUGUAAGAAAAGUGCAGGGGAAAAAAAAAAAUCCACUCACAGUUGAGAAGAGAUUCUCGGUUUGAAAAACUUCUUGGCUCCACACUCGCUUGGCUCUACACACCAGCCGCACCAGCAGCAGCUUGACCGCUGCUGCUCGGGCCAGUGUGUUAUCCUGUGGGGCCAGUUGGAGUGAAGGGGGGGAGAAAAAAGUCUCCCUGUUCUUCCAUGAUCCUUUUGAUGCUUGGUAGUAUUACAGUAGAAUAAGUCCUCUGUCAUUGGUUGAAUAGGCUGGACUGCCUACUGUGACAGUGCAUGGGGCCUCUCAUGCCCAAAAGGAACGCAGUGGUGCAUCUCAAAGCAGAAAAGGGGCCAAAAUGAGAGGGGGCAGAAUUUAUCGAUAACCUCCUCCCUUUCUGGAUGAUGUAGUUGAAUCUUCUAUAAGUUUAAAAAAAAAAAAGAAAAAAGCUGAGUCUUGUCUGGCAUAGUAAUAAGUUGAUGUGAUUAGUUUCUGCUGUCACUGCUGCUGCUGCUGCUGUUGCUGCUGCACAAGUCUAGACUCCGAUCCAGCGUGGAUCUGGAGUCCAUGUCAGGUUUUGGUGGAGUCCUGGGCUCAGACGGCUUCUGCAGACGGCAGCCUGCUCUCCACUGCACUGGCGCUGUUUACUGGAAGCCCGCUCCGCGCUGCUUCCACCAAGUGUCUCAACACUGUGAGCGGGAUCUUUUCCAGAGGCGAGCCGCUGAAAAAAAAAAAAAAAACUCUUCACAGCCCCAUUCAGAGGAGCAAAGGAGAGACAUCGGCGUCCAAAGUGGCGGAGAGUAGCGGAGAGGUCUUCGUCUUCUCCCUCUUCUUCAUCAGACACUGAAAGCCCCACUCAGUCUGUCCCUCUCAGUCAACUCUUUUUUUGGGGGGGUCCCCGAGCUCCGCUUCUCCUCUCUCUGUCUUCUUGUUGCUGCUCGGUGAGUGAAGGCGCACAGGAAGAAUAGAUGCACAGAGAAGGCGAAUGAGGUGUUGAUGAGUUAGGACUGAGCGCAGAGACACAACACCUUUGCUUGCCAUGGAAGUGUGUGUCCGGAGCACAGGGGGAUGUACGGGCUGAGAGGGGGACCCGCCGCCUGAUAGCACAGCCUCUGUCCCAGAUAAGGGGAGCAUGCCUCAGACCUGCAGACUCACUCUCUUCGCUGCAGAGGAGUUCCCAUCAGACUGUCUUUCCACAAUCUGACAUUUUUUUUUUUUUUUAAACAAUUCAAAAUUUCCUCCACAGUGACUUCAUAUAAGCCUGUUCGGCUUCACUGCUUUUCCAGAAAGGUAAGAGGAUCAAUGAUGAGCAUCUCUGAGACCACUUGGCUUGGACUUUUUUAAUCAGAACGUUUUAGUCACAACACAAACCUGCCACAGACCAUCAACACCAGGCGCCAUGGCAUGCUCCCUGUGGAAACUGCACACCUUCUGCUGGUUUAUCAUCACACUAGCUCAAGUUCACUCCACACAGGGGUUUAGUCGGGCUGCCCUGCCAUUUGGCUUAGUACGGAGAGAGCUGUCUUGUGAGGGUUACCCCAUCGAUCUGCGGUGUCCAGGAAGUGAUGUCAUAAUGAUUGAAAGUGCCAACUAUGGCCGAACAGAUGACAAGAUCUGCGAUGCCGACCCUUUCCAGAUGGAGAACAUCAACUGCUAUCUUCCAGAUGCCUACAAGAUAAUGUCACAAAGAUGCAACAAUCGGACCCAGUGCAUUGUGAUCACAGGUUCAGAUGUCUUCCCUGACCCCUGCCCAGGGACCUACAAGUACCUGGAGGUCCAGUAUGAGUGUGUGCCCUACAGUCCAUGCCCAACCAGAAUAGGACCAAGAACACAGAAUGUAUCCUAUCGCAACUGCCCUGUUUUUCUUUGUCCUGGGACUCUGAAAGCUGUCGGUGACCCUUCCUUUCUAUUUGAAGCGGAGCAACAAGCUGGUGCCUGGUGCAAAGACCCACUGCAAGCUGGCGACAAAAUCUAUUUUAUGCCUUGGACUCCUUAUAGGACAGACACUCUCAUUGAGUAUUCCUCCCUGGAUGACUUCCAAAACGCCCGACAAACCGUCACCUACAAGCUGCCCCACCGGGUGGAUGGGACUGGAUUCGUGGUCUACGAUGGAGCCGUGUUUUUCAACAAGGAGCGUACCCGCAACAUUGUGAAGUUUGACCUGCGAACUCGAAUCAAAAGUGGGGAAGCCAUCAUCAAUAAUGCCAACUACCACGACACCUCGCCCUACAAGUGGGGUGGUAAAACAGACAUUGACCUGGCGGUAGAUGAGAACGGGCUGUGGGUGAUCUACGCCACAGAACAGAACAACGGCAUGAUGGUAAUCAGCCAGUUGAACCCCUACACGCUACGUUUUGAGGCUACCUGGGACACGGCCUAUGAUAAGCGCUCAGCCUCCAAUGCCUUCAUGGUCUGUGGAGUACUGUAUGUGGUCCGCUCCACCUAUGAAGACAAUGAGAGCGAGGUCAGCAAGAGCCUGAUCGAUUACAUUUACAAUACCAAACAGAACCGUGGGGAAUAUGUUGAUAUCCACUUUCCCAACCAGUACCAGUACAUUGCAGCUGUGGAUUACAAUCCGCGAGAUAACCAGCUCUAUGUGUGGAAUAAUUUUUACAUCCUGAGAUACAAUCUGGUGUUUGGUCCUCCUGAUCCAGCUCAUGCUCCGCCACUGUCAGAAGCCACCGUGUCCCCUCAGCCUCUGAGAACUACAACCACCACCACAACAACCACAGUGCACUGGGGUGUGGCCAACACUACCACCACAACAGGGCUCAAGGAAGGCAACAAGGGAGCACCCAAGCCGCCUCCUGUGAUUCCACUCACUACUUCCCCUCCACCCCUGGAGUCCUUCCCUUUACCCGAGCGCUUCUGUGAGGCCACCGAGAGAAGAGACAUAAUGUGGCCUCAGACCCAGAGGGGCAUGCUUGUAGAGCGACCUUGCCCCAAGGGAACACGAGGCACAGCCUCUUAUUUAUGUGUCCUUUCCACUGGGGCCUGGCACCCGAAGGGCCCUGAUCUCAGCAACUGUACCUCCCACUGGGUCAACCAAGUAGCCCAGAAGAUCCGCAGCGGUGAAAAUGCAGCUAACUUGGCCAACGAGUUAGCCAAGCACACCAAAGGCCCCAUCUUUGCCGGGGACGUCAGCUCAUCAGUGCGCCUGAUGGAGCAGCUGGUGGACAUCCUGGAUGCUCAGCUCCAGGAGCUCAGACCCAGCGAGAAGGAUUCUGCAGGACGGAGCUUCAACAAGCUUCAAAAACGAGAAAGGACAUGCAGGGCAUACAUGAAGGCCAUUGUGGACACGGUAGAUAACCUUCUACGACCAGAGGCUUUAAAGUCUUGGCAAGACAUGAACAGCACAGAGCAAACACACGCCGCCACCAUGUUACUAGAUACUUUGGAGGAAGGGGCCUUUGUCCUUGCCGACAACCUCAUGGAACCUGCCAUCGUCAAAGUUCCUGCAGACAAUAUAAUCCUAGAUGUGUAUGUACUCAGCACGGAUGGCCAGGUCCAGGAUUUUAAAUUUCCACAAUCCAGCAAGGGCGGUAUCUCAAUCCAGCUCUCGGCCAAUACCGUCAAGCUCAACAGUCGGAAUGGAGUUGCUAAGCUGGUGUUUGUGCUCUACAGAAAUCUGGGCCAAUUCCUCAGUACAGAAAAUAACACCAUCAAGAUGGCCAACGAGGCUUACGGCCGCAACGUGUCAGUGGCCGUCAACUCUGACAUCAUCGCUGCCUCGAUCAACAAAGAAUCCAGUCGUGUAUUCAUUAAUGACCCGGUGGUUUUUACCCUGGAGCACAUUGACAUGGAGAACUACUUCAACUCCAAUUGCUCCUUCUGGAAUUACUCUGAGAGGAGUAUGAUGGGCUACUGGUCCACCCAAGGCUGCAAACUCCUGGACUCCAAUAAAACACACACCACCUGCUCCUGCAGCCACCUCACCAACUUCGCCGUCCUCAUGGCGCACCGUGAAAUCUCGGUUAACGACAGAGUGCACGAGCUGCUCCUGACUGUCAUCACUCGUGUUGGGAUUGUGGUGUCCCUCGUCUGUCUCACCAUCAGUAUCUUCACUUUCUGCUUCUUCCGAGGCCUGCAGAGCGAUCGCAACACCAUCCACAAGAACUUGUGCAUCAAUCUCUUCAUUGCCGAGUUAAUAUUCCUAAUUGGUAUCGAUAUGACGGAACCUAGGAUUGGAUGCGCCAUCAUUGCGGGGAUCCUUCAUUUCUUCUUCCUGGCUUCCUUCUCCUGGAUGUGUCUUGAGGGUGUCCAGCUGUACCUCAUGCUCGUGGAGGUCUUUGAAAGUGAAUACUCACGGAAAAAGUACUACUACGUAUCUGGUUACCUCUUUCCUGCCAUCGUGGUCGGCGUCUCAGCAGCUAUUGACUACAGGAGCUAUGGGACCAAGAAAGCGUGCUGGCUAAGUGUGGAUAAUCAUUUCAUAUGGAGUUUUAUAGGACCUGUCACCUUUAUCAUCAUGCUCAAUCUCAUCUUCCUGGUCAUCACUAUGUACAAAAUGGUGAAGCACUCUACCACCCUGAAACCAGACUCUAGCCGACUGGAGAAUAUAAAAUCCUGGGUCAUGGGCGCCUUCGCUCUGCUGUGUCUGCUGGGUCUGACGUGGUCCUUUGGUCUCUUCUUCAUCAACGAGGCCUCGAUUGUCAUGGCGUACCUCUUCACCAUAUUCAACACCUUCCAAGGAAUGUUUAUCUUCAUCUUCCAUUGCCUUCUCCAGAAAAAAGUCCGCAAAGAGUACAGCAAGUGCUUCCGCCACACGUACUGCUGCGGAGGGCUGCCAACUGAGAGCUCACACGGUUCUGCAAAGACUUCCACCACACGGACCAGCGCACGCUACUCCUCUGGUACACAGAGUCGUAUCAGGAGAAUGUGGAAUGACACCGUAAGAAAGCAAUCUGAGUCCUCCUUUAUCUCAGGUGACAUCAACAGCACCUCAACCCUUAACCAAGGAAUGACCGGGAAUUAUCUACUAACAAAUCCUCUUCUUCGACCACAAGGCACUAACAACCCUUAUAACACCUUACUGGCUGAGACAGUCGUAUGUAACACCCCCACGGCUCCAGUGUUUAACUCGCCAGUGACCUACAGAGAGACAAGGCACUCACUGAACAAUGCGGUGAGGGAUACAAGUGCAAUGGAUACACUACCGCUAAAUGGUAACUUUAACAAUAGCUACUCGCUCCGCAAUGGGGACUUUGGCGACAGUGUGCAGGUAGUAGACUGCGGCCUCAGUCUGGACGAUGCUGCCUUCGAGAAAAUGAUCAUCUCUGAGCUAGUACACAACAACCUGCGUGCCUGUAACAAAAGCCACCAACAGCAACAGCAGCAGCACCCCAGUUUACAUCAUCAGCCCCACCACCAGCAGCCGCCGCAGUACCACCAUCAUCACCACCACGCGGAGCGGGCUCCGCCCAAGGUGACAGUGGUAGGUGGCAGCAGCAGUGAAGACGACGCUAUCGUAGCUGAUGCUUCGUCUUUGGUGCACAUGGGUGACACAGUGGGCCUCGAGCUGCACCAUCAGCAGGAGCUGGAGGCACCGCUCAUCCCCCAGCGGACUCACUCGCUUCUGUAUGCACCCCAGAAGAAGGUGAGGACCGAUGGGGGAGUUGAGACCUUUGUCAGCCAGCUGACACCCACCAACCCUGACGAUAGUCUGCAGUCACCAAACAGAGACUCCUUGUACACUAGUAUGCCUAAUCUGAGGGACUCUCCAUACCCCGAGAGCAGCCCUGAUGUGGUGGAGGACCUGUCCCCCUCCAAGAGGAGCGAGAAUGAGGACGUUUACUACAAGAGCAUGCCUAACUUAGGAGCUGGCAACCAGCUCCAGGCCUAUUACUCGAUAGGCCGAGGGAACAGUGAUGGUUAUAUUAUUCCUAUUACUAAAGAGGGCUGCAUCCCUGAAGGCGAUGUGCGGGAAGGACAGAUGCAGUUAGUCACAAGCCUUUAAAUGUAUUUAAAUCAUCCCCAAACCUCUUCCUGCCCUUUUGCAGCCCUCACCUCUUGGAGGACCCACUAGUGAAGGGAAGGGAAGUCUUUGCUUUAUUUUUGAAGAGAGCCUUGAAGCCCCGUCAUACACACUAGCCAUUUACAAACCUCCCCUCCCCCAUCUGCAUUACCAUCUCCUUUACCCCCAAACAUGCCACUCUUCCCACCUUCCCUGCAGAGCAACAGACUUGGUGCACAGCAAUGGCAGUGCAACGUUUAAAUGAGACUGUACAUAAAAUGCAGAGUCAAAUUUCAAUUUUAAGAGACAAGCCAACUAUGUAUUUAAAUGUGCUGCUGCUGUUGAAUAAUUGAGAAAAAUUUAAGGUACAGAAAUAAAAAAAGACAAAAAAAAAACCCAAAAGGAAACAUUACUGGCUACAUCAGAUCAGCAAUUUCCCAAUCAAAAGGUUGUACAUACACUCCCCAACAUCCUUGUUGAAACCUGUUUUUUUAUUGUGAACAAAACACCCCUAGACCAGGACAUGGACUCCGUUUGUAAAAUGUUCCUGUGCAGACUGUUUGAAAAGGAAUAUAAGGUCCUGGUCGCUAUCCAUCACCAUGAAGUUUGGAUUGUAUAACCACUAGCAAUCAAGCCCCUGGCCUUAUAUUUUCUCAACUGUACAUUGAACUGUUGUCAAGGAAAAUGGCUAAAAUAUAUAUUUUGUUGUAUUGCUAGUGUAAAAUAAAAAUUCAUGGGAAACCGUAAAUAUGAAGAAACCUUUUAAUUGCAAAAUUUAACGUUUGAGAGACUAUUGUGUAGAAGUUGCACAUAUGUUAUACAGUGUGUUUAUGGUUCCAGCACUUCAUUCAUGGUAGUAAGUUUGAACGUAAAGGCUUAUGAAAAGAAAGGAGGAUUCAACAAAUUACAAAGAUGCAUUAUCACAUUUCCCACCUGUGAACAGUGUUUUUGCUUAAUGAGUUCCAUUGAUAUCGCCCAUUGAAAUAUGUUUAUUUGAUUUUGCCCAAGUGGCAUUACUUUAGUAGAAUGGGAAUACAAACAACCCAGUUAAAGUGAUUUAUUUAUUACACAGUUUUUUGUGUAAUUCCGAAUUAAAUAGAUCUUUUUAACAGUCAUGGCAGGGUCAGGGUGAUGGGCAAGCGCAACCGAAAUGAAACCAACUUUUGACAAUAAAGUUUCUAUCAUAAAUGUAGUUCUUCCGCCUGGGUUUGGACAUUUUAUUUAUUAAAAUCUUUCCAAAAAAUAAAUGGGAAAUGUAUGAAUAUUUUCCAGCACUGGUAUACAUGCUGUACUGUAGCUCAUGUUUUUUAUGUAAACAUGUUACCAAGGGGCUCAUCACUUAAGACUGAUGUAAAGUUCAACACUUGUUUAACAAAUAAAAUAAAUGUGAGAUUUUUUGUCAAAUGCCAGUUGCUUUUUAAUGGUUUGUGUUUUUGGUACUAUUUGAGAAAACCGUUUUAAUUGUUUUGGUAUGGAUAAAAUACACUUUUGACUCAGGUUAUAAGUAAGUCCCGAGCACCUUGAACGGUAAAUUGGUGAAUUUGUUUUCUAUGGGAUUUAUUUGCUUUUUGUUCUGCUUUUUCUUCAAUCACUGCAGUGUAGAGAGAGCUCAUUUCACCGUAUGUGUUAGAGAAGCCAAAUCUUUCCAUGUGAUUCAAAGAUGAGAAACUCAGGUAGGAAAAUUGCAUUGUAAAUGUUCCUCUGUGUGGUUGUAACACUAAUAAAGGUUCGAAAAUGA